UUCUACCGCACUUAGCCACCAUGGUCAUUUUACUGCCCAGCACAAGUGAGAUUACAUUCUAUUAUACAGUAGUAGUAUAUAUUUGGUAUAUAAAACAUUUGAUUGUUCAUUUUGUUAAGGAUAGUGAGCCAACUCUUAUUAAUAUUGGUAACGGCGAGCUGUUUCAUAAUCGUUGUAUAUUGUGAUUAAAAUGAAGCUGACUGUUUGGAUGUUUCGUCCACAUGUAAUGUAAUCGGUACAGUAGUAGUGUCUAUGUCUGCACGCAGUGGAUGGACAAACCAGAGCCCCCAUCGAUGUUCCUUCGGUGCAGAUAAGACCUACAUGGAACCAAGAUCAUCACCAAGAAAAGAUGAUACGGGUAAUCGAACCGACGGCUCUUACAUGCUAUGUGGUUGGAAUAUGUGCGAAGAUGUUUGCAAAUGUUUCUGGAAACAAAUGUCGUGUUGUGAUGGGAUUGUGGCACACAAGAUUGCGUUGCGCAAAGAUCAACGACAAACGAAACUCCUCCCACGAAUAAUGCGCACGAGAAGGACUACCGAGAGCUUAUUCACUACGUGUUCAUCACCAUCAAACUCGAGUCAUGGUCGAUUCGUUCACUUUUCUGAUAUUAAUGCUUAUAUGAAAGAUUACAGGACAAAGAAGACCGGGGUUCUAGAUGUACGCACGCCCACUCCGGACGUACCGAUACAAGGACAAGGAAGUGUAAGUGCUCCAGUUUGUCAAGCACUUGAGGACAUUCAAAUAACGGACUUGUCUACACUGACGCUAGCAACCGUCAGAGUACACGAGACUUCUCCAGAACAACGGGAAAGUAGACGCUUGAAGAAGAAGAAAACUGAGAAAACUACUAGACGAGAUGAGAGCACUGAACCUAGAAGCAAGAUUGUCCGAACUGCUUACAAACGUAGCGAAACUCAACAAAAGUUUAGGUGGCUGAGCGCUAAGCCUUGCAAAUUGUCAUCCAUUCCAACCCUAUCACAAUCCAUUACAUAUACUGUAUUGUUAGGAGAACAACGACGGCAAUCGGCAUCUAUAUAGAAACUGUAGGCCUAAAUUAUAUACUUUAAUUACUUAAUUAUUUUGUUCUCAGUGCUGUCGGAACGGCACCUGUUCACUUUUUUUCAAUUAUGAUAUUAUUUUUUUAUAUAAAUAUAUACAGAUACCUAUAGAUUAUAUAUUAUUAAUGUUUGCGUCACAUUGUCUUCUUUAUGUUACCGGUACAGUACAUUUAAACAUUAAAAAUUCCACCAUGCGCAUGUUUUUGUAUUGCCUGUACAUUUCAAAUUUGUUAAUAUUUUAAUUUUAGUAAUUAAGACUGAUUUUUAAAAUGUUUGGAAGUAUAAAUAUAAAAUAACGAUUAACUAUUUAUAUACUUUUGUUGGUUGGAGACGGCCCUUCCCCUUAAUUCCAACGUGGGCUCACUUCACUUCGGUAUAUGCAUCAUCGUUAUCACCGUCAUCACAAUCAUCACCGUCAUCGUUUUCUAUCAUCGCCCUUCAAUUUGAGUGCUCUAUUAAGUAGGCCUAUGUCUUUAUCAUUUGGUAGAUCUACAUGGUCUGUCUGUCAUAAAUAAACCAAGAAUUGAUUAAAACUAAAGUGUAAUCGGUUUAAGGCUCUAGCAGAAGCGAACAACUGCAGCACUUACCGUAUAACUCGCGCGAAUAAGCGCCCCUCCGCGAUUUCUAAAAAUCAAAGUCAAUUAUACAGUGCAGUCAGUACAUCACCGACUUAAUUUUCUGUCAGAUGCAUCAACUACCCGGGAUUCGCAUCUCAGCAUUGUCUGUCGGUUCUUCCAUCUGUCGGUCGGUCAGUCUCCAUUAAAUUUUAAUAUGGUGUUCAAUUUGAUGCAAUAAAUCCCGUUCUAAUUUUAAUGCUCCCUGUACAUCAUCUUGGAUUUAAAACUACAAUAUUUACAUUUUUUUUUAUUCAACAAGAAUAAACUGACCUCAACAGUCGCAUGUAAAAAUCUUGAUAGGUACAAUUACCGGUUGUGAUUGUGAUUAAAACAAACUCGUAUACAGCGAGAUUUCAGUCAAUUGAUAUUCUGAACGUUGUCAUUUAUGUUUAUCGACUUCCAGAUAUAUCGGUACUCAAUCUUGGCUUCGUUCAUGGGGUAGGACUACUAUGAAUAUUUUUUUGUUUUCAUUCAAAAAGUUCCUCUUGAAUUUUGUCGCAAGCACCCCUCGAUUUUUAUCUAUUUCCAUAAGCGCCCCCUCAAUUUCCACUCUGUUUUCGUAAUCGCCCAGUUUGAAUAAGCGCCACUUUCAACAAUUCAAGUAAUAUUACACCUCAUCUAGAGCGUUAUAAACUAUUUAUUAAUGCUUCAGGCCGCUCGAAAUUCUACAGUAGUCCACUUCAUUCAUUUUGAGGCCUAUUUUCAAAUAUAAUGCAUAGCAUAUUAGAUUACAUCCUGUGCAUUCAUAUCACAUGUUUUAUGUAAUUGCAUAUUGUUUAUAUUCCACAAUAUCCUGCACGUUGCGUAAAUAUAGUCACUCUUAUUCAUUGUAUCAUCAUUCGUCUUUCUUGCACUUCAUUUAUUAAUGGAGGAAUAAGCAAAUACAUUGUAAAUAAUCUCUUUCAUAAACAACAUUUUUCUGUCCCGAUGGGGCUGAGGUCUGGAUGCUCCGUCGACAGAAGCUUCGAUCCUCCUGCCGCCACUAGUCGCUCUCUCUAGGAUGAGGUGGGGAGGGGCGGGAAUUUCUUCUCGUUGGCCAGACCAAUAAUAUUUGCUUCCUUUACGGACCUGUUAUAAUCGGUAAUAUCAAUUAUGACGUCACAUCUGAGUGGACCAGUGGCUGCCACUUCAUUGUCUUCCAAUACAGAGGUUUCAGUCAGUAACUGACAGUAACUCUGUUUUAUAUGGCAACGAGUGUCAGAUUAAGUGGUUGAAGAAGACGCUUCCCCCACUCCGCCCUUCGGUGGCUCCAGAAAUUUGCCGAAAGGAGGUCCGACAUGUCCGACGGGAGGGGAUCCGAACCAAGGGACCGACUAGAGCCUCUGUCAGGUCCCGGAAUAAAAAUUCCUGGUGGGGUUCCCUGGGAGAGCUGUUAUGGCAGGACCCAAAUUGUACUUUUAGUCCACAAUAUUAGGGAUUGGCAAUCAAAAUAACGUUUAUUUGGAUAGGAAAAUUAUUAUAUUUCAUUCGUUGUGGCGUCGAACGACGGGGAAAUUCCCCCUGCCCUCCGCUGGCGCUGCCACUAACUCCGUCCCGGCCCCACCGGCAGCAACCAAACAAUUUCUAACCGGGUGUGAAAUCCAGAUAAAAGAUGAAAAAAGCUAAUUCGGAAUUCUAAAACAGGCAAAAUAACAACCACCCUCGUGCCGUAGGUCUCGGAAACCAUACGGACCAUAAAUCUUCUAAUGCCAAUUGCGCAACCCCAUCCUCCCCGACAAAACACACCAUCCGCCAACGACACGAAGUUCAUUUGAAAACGUUAGAUAUUUGAUCAUCGACUUUGUAUAGUCUACAAUUAACAUUUAUUAUGAAUUUAAUACUAAAUCACUGUAAUGUCAAGUAGCACGCUUACUCUAAUAAUACUCAGCCCGAAGUCAUUUAAAACUGGAAGAAGUUUAAUUUGCAGUAUCCGUCAUGAUUACAAUAAAAGUCAAUAAUCAUGUGAAUAAAUUAGUUACUGCUGUUUUGGUAACACCUUAUAUAAAUCUAUUAUAUAUUAUAUAUAUUUUCAUUUUAAUCGAUUAUGUUCAGAUACAUUUCAUCAUUGACUCCCAAAGGAUUACAUCCUCAUUUCCGGCAUGAUUCAUCAUUUCCUAGUUUUGUUUCUCAUAUUUUGAACUUCGUGAAGCUCAUAUGAAACUUUUCGUAUUACACUACAUUUAUGACAUGGAGGUAUUAGGUUGUACACUGAAGUAACUUCGAAAAUAAUACCGCCAUGUCAUGAUCAUUUAUUGUUUGGAUCUUCUGUCCAAACAUUCUCGAACUCUCUCAUUUCCGGUGUUUGUUUAACGUUAUGAUCACCACCUUGAACAAUCAACAUAAUUUUCAACAGUCUUAUAUGCCUAGUAGAGACAUCAUCCCACUAAAAUAACCAUAUAGCUCUAUUUCUUUCUGUAGACACGAACACCAACAAUGU